UGAAUACGUUUAAGAUUGAAUGCAAGUUUGUAAAUUAUUAUUUUUGGUGUACGCACCAUCAGAAACCAUUUCGCUCCAUGGGCAAUCCCUGAAAAAGGCGCUCAAGUUUCAGCACCCUGCAGUCUCCGUAUAUCGAGGCAUACUAGGCGGGCCUAAACAAACAACCAUUAGUCUGAUUGUAUAGUAGGUGUUGAGGUGGAUUCCCGGACUUUUUCUUUAAUUUGUACCAUCUGAAGAAGAAACACCGUUGGUUGACUUCAGACGGGACUCUUCUCGGAUUUCACCGGCCGAACUCCCUCCUACCCCUCAAAGUAGGCUUGGAGUUUGAAACCAUCCUCGUCUGCUGAUUGCACGGCGCCCGUCCCAUGGGGGAGAGAGCUUUAGCUGGUGUCUGGGUUGGAGGGACUAUGGUUUGAAUCCGGCCCUUCGAAAGCACCCUUUUGCAUUGGAUCUGUCCAUGGUGCAGCAGUGACAGAUAGGUAUUCACUUCGGAUGCGCGUCAAACUACUGGGUGACUUCAGCGGUGGAGAUAUUAAACGUGUUAGUAUGCAACUUCAGGACCACCAGCUGUCCAGUGUUUUGUGUGGAUAAUCCAUCCAGCUCCUGCAAUCGGGCACAGCAAGAAACCAGAGUGGAAUGCAAGACUAUGAAAGAUGGCCGGGAGGAGGGUGAGGUUGGACCGCUGCUGCGUUCAACGCUGGCUCCUCCCCCUUCUCUGCUGCGUCGUCCUGCUGUCCCUCACCGCGUCCGUCCUUCUGACCACGGCCGUCCCCGCCCUCCCCUUCCCGCCGGCCCGCUGGGCCCGCCGUCCCUCCCGGGCCCUGAGCUCCGCCGCGGCGGGGGCGGCCCCCGGGUUGAGCCUUAGGGCCGGAGGUCCCCCCCUGCUUCCCCUCCGACUCCCCCCGCUACCCAACCUCCAGAGCGGGUCCUGGAGGAGCCGGCCAGCUGGGGGGCAGGGGCCCCCUGGGCCCCCAGCGAGAGAGGCGGGCAACAGGGGCGGACAUGGGAGAGCGGGCUCAACCGAAGACGCCCAUUGGGGCGAAGGGAGAGGAGGAGGAGGAGGAGGAGGAGGAGGAGGUGGAGGAGAAGGAGGAGGCGGGAGGCAGAACGAAAACAGCAGCAGAGGGAUUGCUUUCAAAGGGAAGGAGAGGUCAGGCGUCGGCCAGCGCCCCGCGAAUCACCUCCGUUCCCCCCUUCCACGGUUUACAGUCAACAACAGAGCGCCGAGGGGUAGAAUUAAGCCCGCUCACCACGCCGCUGUGGUUAAGCCUCUCCCCAGAACACACAAUCAUACUGCACAGGGCCAGACGGCAGGCCUUCUCCCGCCGCUAGAAAAUACCCCAGUGAGGCACCGAAAACAGGGAGACAGACGGGUAAGCGAUCAGGCGAACCGCCCGGCUAAAAUUAGCCAGCCUGCAGGCAACCGGGUGGGAACAAAGGGAAAGACCCGUGCAGAACCGCGAUUGGGGGGCAGACACCCGAUCAAAACGUUUCCGGAGCGUGACAAUGGUUCAGAGAAAAUGAAAGGUGCAACAAAGCCUUUGAGGGAAUCUGACAGAGUUUGUAAGGAGCAGCAAGCCGUGAAAAGGCCCAGCAGGGUUCUCAAAGAACAGCGUCACAUGUCAAAAGAGCUGGCUGAAAGGAGGCCGAACGAUCCGACUCCGGCGGACCGCAAGGAGCCGGCGGCCAAACACGAGGCAGCAGUGAGGAAAGAAGAAAAGGCUGUGUGUCGCGACGACCAGCGGCAGGAUCUCCCCGACGGUGACCUAAGAAAGAUCCGGAGAAGCCCGGACACCCCGUGGCUCAGCGACGAUGACCUCCAGAAGAUGGAGCUCCUUGCCUCUGGAGAGGUGGUCAGCAAAGCCAGGGUCCCCGCUCAUGGGCAGGUCCUCCAAGCAGCCCUGGAUCCCGGUAGCUUCCAGAAGCAGAACGGUGCAAAGACAUCCGGCCGAGAACUCAAUAAGCACCAGACUACCCAGCAUGCACUGCCGCGGCGGGUAGCUCCAGAGAACCACAGCGAGCGCUGCCGUCGGGGGGGCUGUUCCCUGCUGAAGCGCCCUGGCGACUGGUACGAGGUGCUGGCCUUCCACCUGGACCGCGUCCUGGGACUGAACAGGGCCCUGCCCGCCGUGCUCAGGACCUUCCCACAAAGCGACGUGUUACCCUACAGUUACACCAACGGCGCCCCUAGACCCGUGGUCUGGUGGGACCCCAACAUCCAGCACCUGGACGACCGGGACAACGACCAGAACUCGGUACCCCUCAGCUGGCUGCAGUACCAAGAGCUGCUCAGAAUGCAUUGUGGGAAGGAGGCGGAGCUGACCGCUGGGCCCUGCGUGGGGGUGAACCACUCGGAGUGGGGGAGGCUGGCCCUCUUUGACUUCCUGCUCCAGGUGAACGACAGGCUUGACCGCUGCUGCUGUGGCUUCAGACCGGACCCGGAGGAGUCCUGCGUGGAGAACCUCCUGUACGCCAAGUGUCGUAACGACAAGGAGCUGGUGCUGGUGCACAUCUUGGUGAGGAAGACGGAUCCUUCCAGAAUGGUGUUCAUAGACAACGCAGGAAGACCCAACCAGCCCGCAGACAACCUUAACUUCCGGCUGGUUGAAGGUAUAGAUGAGUACCCGGAACAGGCGGUGUCGCUGCUCCGGUCCGGCUGUCUGGAAGGCCGGCUGCUGCGGUCCCUGUACUCGGACCGGGAGUUCUGGGAGGGCCAUGGCGGGGCCCCCGGGCUCCGGCCCUUGGUCCGCACCUUGGAGCAGCGGGGGCGGAUCCUCCUGCAACACAUCAGGGACCGGAGGCUCCGACUCAACAGAGAUCUGUGAUGCCCCCCCCCCCCCCCAACCCCUGCCCCCUUACACUGUUGAACUUUUCACAGCAAAAUUACAGUCAAGUACUGGCAGCAGUUUCGCCAGUAAGGUACCGUUUAUUUACAGUAGUUUACAGUAGUACUGUAUCCUAUAAAUACAGUAGUUUUACUGUAAUAUAACAGUGGCAUUCUGCAUGUUGCUGUAAUCUCAUUACUGCAAUAUAAUGCAUGCCACUGUAAUAUUACAGUAAUUUACUGGUAUCAUUUCGCCAUUACAUUACUGUAAAUUGACAUCAAAGUGUCACAGUGUAUCCACCCGUCCCUGGCUGCCUAGCCCUAGCAUUACCUAGCCUGACCCUAAACCCAGAUGGUGCCAUGCUGGAAGAAAGUGCCACGAAAAAAGGAAAGAAAACACAUGCCGCACACGUUUAGUUGACACGCUACGCUGUUACACUUUUUUGGGGGGGAUUUUUUAAGCAAAAGAAAGGCAGUGGAGUAAAGAAAGUGGUCCACGCCUGAAGUUAAAAUGCUGCAGGGAAAAAUACAGGGGAUGUGAGCUAGGGUGAUGUGCUUUUUUCUAAAGCAGCUGAAUAAGAACUCUCUCUGAGCACGUUUGUUAAUGGCAAAGACAGAAGGGACUGGAAUGGGAGUAAAGAAACAAGGGACUUUUUAAGGGAACGCCUGUUUGCUUUACGGUCACUGUCUGAAAGUCUCAUGAGCAAGGGGCUCCACCUUAAAAAUAUCCUUCAGGUCAAGUCUUUUUAAUUUAGGUAUUAUGUAUAUGUAGAGAUAUAUAUAUAAAAUAGCUUAUAUGCUGUCCCUUUCUGCAGUGCAGAACUGUACUCUGUACAAAAGAAAACAUUUAAUUUGCUAGUCCAAAACUAACAAGUAGAAAUUCUCUAUAAAUGAUUAUAUUUAUGAGCAGCCAGUCUGUUUGUAAGCUUUCUCUUUGCUUAGCUGCAUUAGUCCCUUAUUGUGGCCAAUUCUAAAAGCACUCACUACUGCUCGACCUAUAUCCGAACAAAGUAAAAUGUGUUUUCCGGAGGCCGAGUUAAUUGGUUUCCGAUGGCCAUCAGACGAAUGGGAUUGCUUUGCUGAAACUGUGUUUCAUGUAAAUUGAUAUAAUGCUGAGGGAUGGGCACAUGAACACAACGUCUUUGGUAGCAGGGGAGUCUUUUGAUAACACACUGGGCUAACCACAGCUUGUUAACAACUGGGUCAUCACUCUUUUUUUUCCCAUACAUUUCUCUUUCCAGGGAAUGCUGCCAAACGGCACAACACAGUACAUUACUGGAUCCAUUUUAGAAUUAAAAACUAUUUCUCCAGCGGUUUAGGGCGUAAUACGGGCCCUUUGGAUCUCUUCCAUUACUGCCUCUCUCCUUUAACACUCUUUAAUCAUUUACACAGGCCUUCAACACUUUCUGUGCUGAAUAUUUUUCCAAAAGAGCUUGCAGCAGAUUGGACAAUUGAUUUGAAUGCCGGUUUCUCACAAGAUAAGCUUUUUUUUGUGCAUUUUAAUCGAAGGAUUAAAACAUGUCUGUCAGUGAAUAGUCUCUGGACCAAAUCCUGUGUGUGUGUGUGUGUGUGUGUGUGUGUGUGUGUGUGUGUGAGUCUGAGCGUGAGCGUGAGCGUGUGAGCGUGAACGUGUGAGCCUGAGCGUGUGUGUGUGACGAAAAAGUGAAUUGACUAUGGAUUUCUUGAAAUGCUUUUUCUCUGCCGCUCUCGUCUUUCUUUCAUUAUUGAAAUGCACCGACUCAUUUAAAAAAGGAGGAAGACAGAACACGGACCGGGAGGGCAAGUCUGCCUGCUUUUUCAUCUGCAUUCCGACAGACAGUUUGUCAGCAACGAUUAAUUAGACGGGCUGGUGUAGUGGAAGCAAAGAUGUUAUCGUCUCGAUGCCGUUUUCAAUUCAUUAAAAACCAGGAGUUAGUUAUACUGGCAGGAUUAGCGACAUUUCAAUUGGUAAUUGUUUUUUCGUUAUGGAAUAAACGUCUCAGAUGCAAAAUGGA